UGACAGACAGUGAAGAUGGUGGGCAGUGGCAUCAUUGUGGCGGUGCUCCUCGCUCUUCAGCUGGCGGCUGUACCUCCUGCAGAUGCUGCAUCACUACCUCCGAAGCCCGAAUUUCUCUGUGUCGACUGUUCGGGUUGUCAACAGUAUUUCCAGCAUCCCACUGACUGCCGCAAAUUCAUCCAGUGUGCAGCAUACGGACCUCAAGAGAUGCCCUGUGCCCCUGGAACUGUGUGGGACCAGAAUCUGCUAACUUGUAACCACGAAAACUCUACCCAGUGUGUCACAGGUAAUUAUGUUGACUCAGAUGGGAACUGUGUCGGAUGUGUUGGCUGUACCCCUAUUGCAAACACAACUACAACCACAACAACGACCCCAUCCACAACUACCCGUCCACAUUUCCCCUGUGUAGACUGUUCAAGUGGUCAACAGUAUUUCCAGCAUCCCACUGACUGCCACAAAUUCAUCCAGUGUGCACCAUACGGACCCCAAGAGAUGCCCUGUGCCCCUGGAACUGUGUGGGACCAGAAUCUGCUAACUUGUAACCACCAACACUCCACCCAGUGUGUCACAGGUAAUUAUGUUGGCCCCGAAGGGAACUGUGUCGGAUGCGUUGGAUGUACCUCUUCUACAACAACAACUACAACCACCCCAUCCACAACUACCCGUCCAAAUUUCCCCUGUGUAGACUGUUCAAGUGGUCAACAGUAUUUCCAGCAUCCCACUGACUGCCACAAAUUCAUCCAGUGUGCACCAUACGGACCCCAAGAGAUGCCCUGUGCCCCUGGAACUGUGUGGGACCAGAAUCUGCUAACUUGUAACCACCAACACUCCACCCAGUGUGUCACAGGUAAUUAUGUUGACUCAGAUGGGAACUGUGUCGGGAUGUGUUGGCUGUACCCCUAUUGCAAACACAACUACAACCACAACAACGACCCCAUCCACAACUACCCGUCCACAUUUCUCCUGUGUAGACUGUUCAAGUGGUCAACAAUAUUUCCAGCAUCCCACUGACUGCCACAAAUUCAUCCAGUGUGCACCAUACGGACCUCAAGAGAUGCCCUGUGCCCCUGGAACUGUGUGGGACCAGAAUCUGCUAACUUGUAACCACCAACACUCCACCCAGUGCGUCACAGGUAAUUAUGUUGGCCCCGAAGGGAACUGUGUCGGAUGCGUUGGAUGUACCUCUUCUACAACAACAACUACAACCACCCCAUCCACAACUACCCGUCCAAAUUUCCCCUGUGUAGACUGUUCAAGUGGUCAACAGUAUUUCCAGCAUCCCACUGACUGCCACAAAUUCAUCCAGUGUGCACCAUACGGACCCCAA